UUAUUUUCUUGCCACUUGCAAAGUGAAAGCCUUCGAACGCCUCCUUAAACCCUACUCCAUUUCCAAGCUCAUCUUCAAUCCCACCUAAACCCUAGAAGAAAUGUCUUCUUCCGUAGGUUUGCGCCGGGCACGCCACCUCACAACCGCCGCAGCUGCCGCUGCCGCCUCCGCCUCCGCCUCCGCCUCGCCAAUUCCCACCACCAUCUCUAUCUCCAAAGCAAAAUCAAAGCUCAAAGCGGAGCACGACCCUGACAAAGCCCUUGAGAUUUACUCCUCCGUUUCUGAUUGUUACUUUUCCCCUCUGUCCUCCCGCUAUGCUCAAGAAUACACAGUCAGGCGCCUCGCUAAGUCCCACCGUUUCUCCGACAUCGAAAAUUUCCUCGAAUCUCACAAGAAUAGCACCAAAAUUACCCAAGAGCCUUUUCUUUCAUCCAUAAUCCGUUCAUAUGGUGUCGCGGGGAUGUUUGAUCACGCACUUAAAAUUUAUCAUCAGAUGGGUGAUUUAGGCACCCCCAGAUCAUCUAUUUCCUUCAAUGUGCUUUUAUCAGCUUGCGUGCACUCGAAACUAUAUGAUCGUGUCGCCCAACUGUUUGAUGAAAUACCGGUCAAGUAUGGAUUUUUACCUGAUAAAGUGUCAUACGGUAUAUUGAUUCGGUCAUAUUGUGAAAUGGGGUCGCCGGAAAUGGCAAUGGAAAGACUCAAGGAGAUGGAGGAGAAAGGUGUGGAGAUUACAACUGUUACUUUCACUACUAUACUGCAUUCAUUUUACAAGAAAGGGAAGAGUGAUGAGGCCGAGAAGGUAUGGAAUGAGAUGGUGAACAGAGGGUGUGGACCAGAUGUUGGUGCAUACAAUGUAAAGAUUAUGAACAUGCAGGGUGGUGUUCCGGAGGGCGUGAAAGCUUUAAUUGAGGAAAUGAGCGAUGCUGGAUUAAAACCCGACACGAUUAGCUACAACUACUUGAUGACUUGUUAUUGUAGGAAUGAAUUGAUGGACGAGGCACAGACGGUUUAUGAGGAUCUGGAGAAAAAUGGGUGCAACCCAAAUGCUGCAACUUUUAGGACUUUAAUCUUUUAUUUGUGUAAGAAGGGAAGGUUUGAGACGGGGUAUAAGGUGUUCAAGGAGAGUGUGAGAGUUCAUAAGAUCCCAGAUUUCAGUACACUCAAGUAUUUGGUGGAAGGUUUAGUGAAGAAAUCAAAGUUGAAAGAUGCAAAAGGGAUGAGUAGAACUGUGAAGAAGAAGUUCCCUCCUAACUUGGUAAAAGCUUGGACCAAGCUAGAGGAGGACCUUGGUUUGGCUAAAGUUGAAGCCGGUGAUAAUGGAGUCCAAUGAGACUAAUUUUGGCUGAGUAGGUGGAUGUUGUCGGAUGAUUUUGUUUGCUAGAAGUGUUUAUACACACCUCUAUAACUUAGGCAGUCUUUUAGAUCAUUGAAUUUCUCUUGUUUAUCAUAAAGAUGUGAGUUCUCGCUUGGGACCUGCCAUUCUUUAUGACCUAUACGAAGUUAAUAUAGAGCUUUACAUGAAGUUUGUAACAA